AUGGCGAGUAUCCCAAUUAAAUUGUGGGUAUUGCCCAGAAGUAAUGCAAGAGUAGAAAAGAACUAUUUUGAUGUCACCUUUGAACCGUUUUAUCGUAUGGAACAGAUAAUUCUUACAACAGUAGGACUUGACAAAAUAAUUCAUCAAACAUCUAAUGGACCUGUGGACUUUGGUCCAGUGUUUAACACAACAUUCCUGUUAGAGGUGUAUAAACUUCAGAGACAGAUAGAAUUGCUGGGUCAAUCUGAUGGUGUCGGUCUUGAAAAAAUUUGUUUUGCCCCUCUCACAUCUCUUUUUACAGGUCCUGCACAGGUUUCAGACUGUGCAGUACAAAGUAUAUGGGGCUAUUACCAAGAUGACUUAGAUACUUUUAAUUCUACAAGUGAGGAAUCUAAUUAUACUGUAAACUAUUUGGAUCACUUUAAAACUUGUAGUCAAAAUCCUUAUAAUAUCAAUUGCUUAGCUCGUUUUAGGGGAGCAGUAGAUCCUGCACUUGCUGUUGGUGGGUUUCUUAGUGAUGAAAAUAGUUUGUCAGAGAAUCCAAAUUAUGAGAAUGUCACAGCUCUCAUACUUACGUUCGUUGUCUGAAACUAUGAAAAUGAAACAGCGCUGCAACCAGCACUGAAGUGGGAGAAACUUUUUAUUGAGUUUAUGAGAAACUGGAUGCAAACAAAACCUCCCUUUAUGGAUGUAGCUUUCAAUGCAGAACGAUCAAUUCAGGAUGAAUUGGAGCGCAGCUCAACAGCAGAUGUAAAGACAGUUUUCAUUAGUUAUCUGGCAAUGAUUUUGUAUGUUGCUAUUUCUUUAGGUAAAAUAAUGAAAGAUUUUGCGUUGUUGUUGAUUAAUGCAAAAAUUUCACUUGGGCUGGGUGGUGUCCUUAUUGUUCUUGCAUCAGUAGCAGCAUCUGUAGGAUUUUUUGGAUACAUACGCGUCCCAGUUACUAUGAUUAUUAUUGAAGUUAUGCCUUUUCUUAUUUUGGCUGUAGGUGUAGAUAAUGUGUUUAUUAUUGUGCAGUCAUACCAGAGAAGCAAACGUUUUGAGAAUGAGAGUCAAGCAGAGCACAUUGGACGCAUUAUGUCACAUGUAGGACCGUCCAUUUUACUUUCAACUUUAGCUGAAUGCUUGUGCUUUUUUCUUGGAACAGCAUCAGGCAUGCCAGCAGUUCGUGAAUUUGCGAUGUAUUCAGGUUUUGCUCUUCUUGUUGAUUUUGUCCUUCAGGUUUCUUGCUUUGUCAGUUUACUGGCAUUGGAUUCUGGCAGACAAGAAGACAACCGUUUUGAUAUCUGUUGUUGUGUGCAGAGCUCACAGUCAGACUCCAUUUCGUCUGAUGGUGUUCUGUAUGAAUUUUUUAGAACAAAAUAUGUUCCAUUCUUAAUGAAUUCAGCUGUACGGGCUUUUGUGUUUGUUGCUUUCUUUGGAUUUCUGUGUUUCAAUAUUGCUUUUAUUCCCAAUUUGGAAGUGGGUCUGGAUCAAGAAUUGUCUAUGCCAAGGGAUUCAUAUGUAUCAAAAUAUUUUGAGUUUAUGAAAAAUUAUUUGUCCAUUGGACCUCCUGUGUAUUUUGUUGUCGAUGGGGACAUUGAUUACUCACAAGAUAUUGUACAAAAUUCCCUCUGUGGCAGUCAGUAUUGUUACCAUAACUCGCUUACAACUAAGAUAUUUAGUGCUUCAAGGCAGCCAAAUAUCACAUACAUAGCUCGACCAGCAACUUCGUGGAUAGAUGAUUAUUUUGAUUGGUGUAGCAUUGAUAACUGUUGUAAAUAUUUUCCCAAUAAUGGCUCCUUCUGUCCAAAUGACUAUACUAAAUGCAGAUAUUGUGAUAUCAAGCUAGAUAACCAUUAUCGUCCUCAAGCAGGAGAUUUUAAAAAGUAUUUACCUUAUUUCCUGGAAGACAAUCCCACAACAACAUGUGGGAAAGCUGGUCAUGGCUCAUAUUCUAGUGCCGUUAACUACAAGUUUGAUAAUGGCACUUUGUCAGAGUUUAGAGCCAGUUAUUUUAUGAGUUAUCAUACAGUUCUGAAAAGUUCGAGAGAUUAUUAUAAGGCUUUUGGGGCUGCAGUUUCUCUGUCAGCAAAUAUAUCAAAUGCAAUAAAUGAGGUGUUAAGAAACAACAGCGUUGAUUCAGAAGUAAUUGUCUUUCCAUACAGUGUCUUUUAUGUUUUCUAUGAACAGUACCUAACGAUGUGGCAUGAUACACUUAAAAUCUUAGGUAUUUCUGUUGCAGGUAUUUUCAUUGUGACAUUUGUUUUAAUGAGCUUUGAUAUAGCAUCAGCUCUAAUAUUGAUGUUAACAAUAAUUGCAAUUGUUGUUGACAUUGCUGGAAUAAUGUACUGGUGGCACAUACUGAAUGCAGUUUCACUUAUUAACUUGGUGUUGUCCCUUGGAAUAUCAGUUGAAUUUUGCUCACAUCUCCUACAUUUUUAUAUCCAUUCAGAUGAGAGCAAUAGAGUGUUGAGAGUCUCAGAUUCACUGACUAAUAUUGGGAGCUCAGUAUUUUCUGGAAUUACACUAACGAAAUUUGUCGGCAUAACAGUUUUAGCACUUGCAAACUCUCAGAUAUUUCAGGUUUUUUACUUCAGAAUGUAUCUUCUCAUUAUUCUUUUUGGAGCUGGACAUGGUUUAAUUUUCUUACCUGUUUUGCUAAGUUAUAUUGGUCCCUUGAGAACUAAAAGUGUACCCAGGAAUGUGCGGAUAAAUUCAGAAAUUGUAGGAGACAGCAGAAUCAGCAGCUAG